CAAAUUUCAUCACGAACAGAUAUUCCGGUGUUCAAAUCUUCCGCGAAUUUCAGACAUUGUGAUUCGAGACACGGCCAUUGUCCAGCCUCAUCACUAUAAAAGCGCUGGAUGGUGGUAGGUCUGCACGAACUCCAUACGCCCCAUCCCAAUAUGACCACCUUCGUCUCAAAUGAUCCUGCUUAUUGGCCACUCCUCAGUUCUGCUCAGUUUGCUGGCUAUUUUGAAGUUGCAUCCCUUGCUGUGGUGGUGUACGAUUGGGCAUUAACAUCUGCACAAGAGUUCGAACUCAUCUGGAGGCAACGCUGGUCGUUCAUGACCGUUCUUUAUAUUUCUAUCCGCUACAUCGGAAUACUGUUUUCUCUGUAUGUUUGCAAGGCUAACGCGUUAACACUGCGCUGAACUGAUAAACCAUAUCUCACAAUCAGCGUCUACGUACUUCAUUCUCCCAGUCCCUUUGACAAACAUAGGGUGAGUGACAAUCUCAGACAGCUUGAUGGUUAGACAUGACUGCAACAGCU